AUGGUCACAGGAGCCAAUCGGGGAAAGAGACAGCGAAGCGCUCCGGAGUUCGGGGGGUCGACAAAGAUGGCGGCAGCCGAAGGGUUUAGGUACCCUCUGCGAGCUGUUAAGGGUCUUCUAAGUUUUUUUUAUUCAUUAUUUUUCCCUGGGCUAAUAGUAUGUGGAACUUUAUGUGUAUGGCUGGUCAUUAUCCUUUGGGGAAUUAGACUACUAUUCCAGAGAAAGAAAAAAUCAGCAUCAUCCAGAAAAAAUGGAAAAGAGCAAAUGGUGAUUGCGUUUUUUCAUCCCUACUGUAAUGCUGGUGGAGGAGGAGAAAGAGUAUUAUGGUGUGCUUUGAGAGCCCUGCAAAAAAAGUAUCCUGAAGCAACUUACGUUGUUUAUACUGGUGAUGUUAAUGUUACUGAUCAGCAAAUAAUAGAGGGUGCUUCUCAAAGAUUUAACAUCAGAUUAACUCAUCCAGUGAAGUUUGUUUUCCUAAGGAAACGCUACCUUGUGGAGGAUUCGCUGUAUCCUCACUUCACUCUACUGUGCCAAAGUCUAGGGUCCAUAUUUCUUGGCUGGGAAGCUCUGAUGAAGUGUGUUCCUGAUGUUUAUAUUGAUUCAAUGGGAUAUGCUUUCACGCUUCCUCUAUUUAAGUAUUUAGGUGGGUGCCAUGUUGGAAGUUAUGUUCAUUAUCCCACUAUCAGCACAGACAUGCUCUCUGUUGUGAAGAAUCAAAAUGUUGGAUUUAAUAAUGCAGCCUUCAUUACAAGGAAUCCUUUUCUCAGCAAACUGAAGCUCAUCUACUAUUAUUUAUUUGCUUGCAUUUAUGGACUUGUCGGUUCUUGCAGUGAUGUGGUCAUGGUCAAUUCUUCUUGGACACUAAACCAUAUUCUCUCACUAUGGAAGGCUGGAAAUCGCACUAACAUUGUUUAUCCACCCUGUGAUGUGCAAGCAUUUCUGGACAUUCCUUUAUGUGAGAAAAAGACAAAUGCAGAACAUUUAUUGGUUUCUGUUGGCCAGUUCAGGCCAGAAAAGAAUCAUCCAUUACAGAUUAGAGCCUUUGCUAAAUUGCUGAGUAAGAAAGUGGCUGAUUCUCUUCCUUCCCCUAAACUUGUCCUUAUUGGAGGUUGUCGUAACCAAGAUGAUGAAUUUAGGGUAAACCAACUAAGAAGACUCUGUAAAGAUCUAGGAGUUCAAGAUUAUGUGGAAUUUAAAGUGAACAUCCCAUUUGAUGAAUUAAAGAAUUACUUAUCUGAAGCAACUAUUGGUCUGCAUACCAUGUGGAAUGAACAUUUUGGGAUUGGAAUUGUUGAAUGUAUGGCAGCUGGCACAAUUAUACUUGCCCACAAUUCAGGGGGCCCAAAGCUUGACAUUGUGGUUCCUCAUGAAGGAAAUAUAACUGGAUUUCUGGCUGAAAGUGAAGAAGGCUAUGCUGAAACUAUGGCUCAUAUUCUUUCCAUGUCUGCAGAAAAGAGACUUCAAAUCAGAAAUAACGCCCGCGCAUCUAUAAGCAGAUUCUCUGAUCAGGAAUUUGAAGUGGCAUUCUUAACAUCUGUGGAGAAGUUAUUUAAAGGAUGUCACAUCCAUACAAACUAAAGUACUUAAUAUAAAAUGGUACAUUGUCUUCAUAUGUUAAUAUUUUUUAACUCUUUUCCUAUUGUAAUAAAGUCAUCCUAAACAAUACUCUCAACACAUACAUAAAGGCAAAGUAUUUAUCUCAAUGGAAAAAUGUAAAAUUACUUAGCUGGAAGGGCCAUCUUUUUUUUUUUUUUUUUUUUUUUUUUUUUUUUUUUUUUUUUUUUUUUUUUUUUUUUUUGGUUUUU